CGCUUCCUUACACGAGAAACUUCAACUUUCGCGUUUACUCUGCGCAGAAACACUCAGGCGUUUGCGAAUUAUCUGUCCGUCAGGGUGAAUUUGGCUUUCUCUUGAUAGUAAGUAGAGAUUCUUGAAGCCAAGUUGGCGUUUCUCUCUCCUCUAAGCUUUUCACAUCACCGUUGGAAAACAGAGCCCGUUUGAGAGUUUCAUACAUUCAGGUGCUGUGUGAUUGCCACGCUAGAUUGCUGUGUUGAUUGUUGUAGUUCAGCUGGGUCUUAGGGAGUAACACAGAUGACACGUUUCCAUGUUGUGUUUUCAUUAAUGAGUGAGAAGGAAGCGUAGCCAAGGAAAGUGAAGAGCAGCAGUGCGUUGACUGAGCUGAUUGGCGCAAAUCAAGUAGACAAAUCUAUGAAAAGUUUGUAAUUUCACGCUCUGCUCUGUCACAAGAUUGUGUUUCACUGCUCAAAUGCUAAAAGUGAGCCCUGUCUGAGAUCCUGCUGGUUCACUGUCGCCUGCACGGUACUAGAUGACCGCGUUGAUGGUGACAUGAGUCAGAGGGAAUCAAAUUGUGAAAUUCAACAGCGACUGGUGAUAGAAUGAUACAUUUAGGGCUUAUUUUUGUCCAACACUGAUCUAACAUUUGGAAGAGAGGACUGGAAUAAGCCAUAAGGCGCACAGCUCCAUACUGAAGUGUUUAAGUUAGUCUGAGGGGAAAUUUAAAAGACCUAAAAAUACAGCGUUGGUUUCUUCCCUACAAAGAAUCAUUUGAACUUCCCACCGCAGAGCGAGAGCGACAUAAAUAGUUCUGACAUGUGGAUGUAAUUUCAGAAGAGGAAAAAAGACAGAUGCAGAGAAAUAAAAAGAGCGGCUUGAGCCUGAGCAUAUAGUAGAUUAUAGGAAAUUAAAUCGAGGGCAGAGGGAGGCGAUUACAGAGUUAUGAUAUCACAAGCCGCCAUAAGCAUCGAGAGGCCAGAUGGAGUAAAAAAAACACAACUCUCUCCACUUUGAAGAGAGUUAAGUAGAUUAAAUAAUUUCAUCUGAGCAUCAGCAGCGUCUGCAAGGACUCUUGGAGGUAGACCCGCCUCAGGUCAGGGAUGGGAUCCGCUCUGCUGCUCCACAAUCUGGACUUUCUUCUCAUCUCACUGCUCAGCAGUUUAUGCCUGGUGUACGCAGAUGAUGUGCUCACAAAAGAGGAACAGAUAGGCCUGCUGUUCAAGGCCAAACGGAAGUGCGAGGGAAACAUCAAGUCAAAGGACAAGAUUCCUGAUGGUUUCUGCUCACCAGAAUGGGACGGCAUUGUUUGCUGGCCUGAAGGGCCUCCAGGAAAGCUGGUGUCCACCGCCUGUCCAGAGUAUAUCUAUGACUUCAACCAUAAAGGGCUGGCAUACCGUCGGUGUGACAACAACGGAACGUGGGAGCUGGCCACAAUCAACAAGACGUGGGCCAAUUAUAACGAAUGUGCAAAAUUCCUCUACCAUUACAACCAUAGCCAUGAGAAGGAGGUCUUUCACCGCCUGUAUCUCAUCUACACAGUGGGCUACUCCAUUUCUCUGGGAUCACUCAUGGUGGCUGUAGUCAUCUUGGGAUAUUUCCGACGAUUACACUGCACAAGGAACUACAUCCACAUGCACCUAUUUGUGUCCUACAUGCUAAGAGCUAUAAGUAUUUUUGCGAAAGAUGUUGUGCUCUACUCUGGAUCGGCCUUAGAGAACAUGGAGAGAGUCACAGUGGAAGACCUGAAGUCCAUCACUGAGGCUCCGCCAGCCAACAAAACACAGUUUAUUGGCUGCAAGGUGGUCGUGACCCUGUUUAUGUACUUUCUGGCGACCAAUUACUACUGGAUCCUUGUUGAGGGUCUGUACCUCCAUAGCCUCAUCUUCAUGACCUUCUUCUCCGACAGAAAGUAUCUGUGGGGAUUUACUCUGAUUGGGUGGGGAGUACCAGCCAUGUUUGUGACAGUGUGGGCAACUGUGCGAGCCACGUUUUCAGAUACAGAGUGUUGGGACUUAAGUGCAGGCAAUUUGAAAUGGAUAUAUCAAGUGCCUAUCCUGGUGGCUGUAGUGGUUAAUUUUAUGUUAUUUCUGAACAUCAUCAGAGUCUUGGCAACGAAACUACGAGAAACAAACGCAGGAAGGUGUGACACAAGACAACAGUACAGAAAACUGUUGAAGUCCACAUUGGUGCUGAUGCCGCUGUUUGGUGUCCACUACAUCAUAUUCAAUGCCAUGCCAUACACAGAGGUGUCUGGAAUUCCCUGGCUGAUCCAGAUGCACUAUGAGAUGCUGUUUAACUCCUUCCAGGGAUUCUUAGUUGCAAUUAUAUACUGCUUUUGUAACGGAGAGGUACAAGCUGAGAUCAAAAAGUCCUGGAGCAGGAGGACUCUGGCACUGGACUUCAAAAGAAAAGCUCGGAGUGGCAGUAACACUUACAGCUACGGACCUAUGGUAUCACACACCAGUGUUACCAACGUCACGGCCAGAGGACCGCUGGCCCUCCACCUCACCACGAGGCUGGGACCGGUGCCCGUGAACGGGCACAGGAACCUCCCCGGGUACGUCAAGAACGGCUCAGUGUCAGAGAACUCUAUACCUUCGUCAGGACAGGAGCUCCACAUUCCUGAGGAAGAGCAUUCUGCUCAUACGCGGCCCUGCGAGGAUGAAAAACCCUCGCCUGUGGUUGAGGAGGAAAGGGAGACUGUCAUGUGACCUCCAGGCUGCUGUGUAUAGGGAUGAAAACUGAAAGAACAAAUCAUAACACAGUCUCAGGAUGGUCAGAAGGGGAUGGCUGCAUGCAUCAACACUGCCAGUUAUUUUCUCCUGUGAAUCGAGCCAGAACAUUGCCGACUGAUGAGAUGGCUCAAGGUAAAAAGGGUGUAUCACUUUCGUGAGCUGGGCCACCUUUACUUGAGGGAUUAUGACCCUCAUAUUUUGUGGCAAAUAAUUUCAACUCUUUUAACAACCACCUGCCACAGUGAAUGUUUAAAAGGCUGAAAACAGACUGCCGUUUCUUAUUUCUUUUCCACUGCCAUAACUGUUAUCUUGUUUUCUCUUUUCUUUUUUGACAAAUGUCUUGUUGUGCUCAGCUUUUGUGCAUAAAUGAGGUUAGUUAGUUACAGUAGUUGCCAGAAACAGCCUUAAUCACCUAUGUACUGGUGGAUUUUGAGUGCACUUAGAGGCACACGUGGGGGCAAUUUCAUCAGCAACCUUUCGUAUUAAGUCAGUGUGAAUAGAUGAAGUGUAGGCUCGGCUUAAAAAAAUUAUUAAUGCUACUAUUUUGAGGCAACUGUUCAUGUUUUCUGGCAUGGCAUCUAAUUUGUUCUGCAUCGACUUAAAUCCACUUCAGUGUAAAAGGGAAGGUACUCAGGUAAUUGAAGUCUUCUGUUGUUGCACACCUAUUUUUAUACUUUUAAAGUGGUGUUUUAGCAUGGUCAGCAUUUCUCUCCAGAGGAUGUUGGUGUGUUGCAUAAGGCUGUGUUGAAUAUUCUUUUUUCAAAAUGUUGUACAGUUUCUGCUGAUUAGAGAGACCCAGUAUUCAUCUUGCUAAUUACAACAGAUUUCGAAGAGUUCAAAUGAAUGUUUCAUAUUCAAAUUCUCUACAAAAACACCCAAACACACACACAUACACACAACAUGAUGCCAAAGUAAGAAUAUUUCUUUGAAAACUAUCUUUCUUUGGGUUCAGUGUUAGCUGGGGUAAAGAGGAACUUUACAUAAGUCUGACAGAAAUCGUAUCACGUGUUCUCACAAAAUUUUCAAAGGAAGAGACCCCCGUUUAAAAACAGAGGGCACAGGAAACGGUCAUAUAUUCCAGUGGAAUGUUAAUUAAAUGAGGAAUCCAAGAAAAUCUCAAAGUCCCCUGGAAUUCCAAGAGUGACAUUUGUGGCGGAUAUGAAGGAAAACCCAGGAAUGAAUAACACAGUAAUUUUUACAGAUGGUCCAGUGUUAUGCUGCUUUUUGAUGUGUAUAUAUACAAGUCACAAUGUUUACAAAGAUCAAAAAUACAUUCUAAUUGUGAGCUAAUAGUGUUCAUAUGUAUUGAUAUGUUAUAAAGCUGUUUCAGUGUGUAUAAUUUUUUUUUUCAUGUUUGUUUACGGAAUGUUUGCAAUAUUUGAUCAUGUACAUAGUCCAAAACAAAAAAAAACUGAUGAAUAUAUUUGCAGGUGACGGAGGGCAUUCAAACUAGCAUUUAAUGACGCAUUCCACAAGAUAUUUUAAUCUCUGUAACUUGUAACUUACUGCACUUAAUUUGCAUGGUUUGCAGGUUAGGUCACAUAAUAUACCAAAGAGAAAAGGCAUAAUGUGCUGCCAGGGAAAAUGUUAUUUUGCAGCAUUUUUUUUUUGUAUUUUCAUCCACCAUCUUGUUUACAGUAACCAAAAAGUCUUAACUUAAAUCACCCUCUCUCCAAAAAGAAAAGUAUUUGCUACUGGUAGUUAGUGUAGUAAAAUGUCAGGAUAAAAGUGUUAAAUACAGCCCCCGUGUAGCUUGAAGUUUCUUUUUUUUUCUUUUUUUUUUUAAUGCUCAGCUUCAUGUAAACAGCAGCACGGCAAAUGAGAAAACCAUUUGCAAAACUCACAGUAGCUUAGUUACAAUGGACUGAGACCAUUAAUAUUAAAGGCAGUUUUGUUGCUCUUAAAUCCUCCGCUUGGAUUUUUAACAUAACUUGGUCUCAAGAUCUGAAUUAGUCACUAUUUGGUUUGGACUAAUGUGUCUGAUGGAUUUGUUAUUUAGUUCAGAUUCAGCUCAGAUUCAGAGUUUUACCUCACAUAAAUUUCAACUAAUACAUGACCAAAGCUAAUAUUUGCCCUUGUUCACAGUGUUAUCCCACAUGUUUUUUACAUCUGGUGACCACUGUUCCAUUGCAAGCUCUCUUGUCCUUCUUGCUGUCAUCUGAUUUUGGUGACUGAAUUAUGCUCCCAAUCCCCUGAUUUCCAGAUUUGCUUCACCAGUUACAAGAUCCGUUAAGAUGUGUACUUUGACUUAAGUUUGGGUAAAGCCUGGUCUGCUCAGUUUGUACUGCCUACAAGUCCACCCAGCAAAAAGACCAAAAUCAACAUUUAACUGACCUGUAAGUAAGUAUUGUCUGACCUAGCUUAUUCCUCUGAGCCGUAGAGCUCCAUUGUUGUUCAAACACUAUUAAAAACACAUAAUUGAGGCUUCAUUACAAUGCACAUGGGCACUGUAGUUUAUUGUGAGUCAGUGCCAUGCUGGGGGGUGUAAAUACUCACCAGCUAACCCAAUGUGUAUUAAUCUGCAGCUAAAAAUAAAUAAAUAAAUAAAAGCCCCCACAAAUGCCGUAUUUACUCAUGUCUGAGUUACAUUUUCAAAAAGCUACAGUGUUCAGGUGUUCUGGGAAAUUACAUAGCCUUUCUCUUUAAGACGAAUCAAAAUAUUUGUAACCCGUUUUGAAAGAUUUAUAUUCUUAGUGGAAAGAUAUUAGUUUUUACAUGAGGGACAAAGGCAUGGUAGGAAACUACUGGGAGACAAGCUAAUGCACGUAUUUGGUUUUUUUAUGGAAUUUUUUUGCAAUAAGGAAAAUACAAAAUAACUUAAACCUUGUGAUAAUUUUAGAAAUAUCCACAACACUCAUUUGAGUCAGAUAAUCUCCUGUUUUUGUCAGCUGGUCAGAAUAAUUGGUGGUGGAAUUCUGAGAAGAGCAUUUUGGCCCCAACGGAUCUUAAAUUGAACCCAAAUUGGACAUUUCCAUGGGGAUCGGGCAUGAGUGGAACUUGAGGUUGAGUGAAUUGACUACAAUAGUAAUUGUAGUCAAUUCACUGUGGCUUCAGCCCACAGAAAUGGAAAAGGGAAAAGACAGUGGUUGAUAAUAGCGUACAGUCAGUACAGUUGUACUUAAAACAUUCAAGACAGCAGCUGACUAAGGUGGUUAUUCUUCACAUCCAAUCUGACUUUCCACUAAUUGCCGCUGGACAAGUAAAUAUAUUGCCGUUGUAUAAUCCAGACAGUUUUUCAUUAAAAGGGUGGGCGGUAUCAGAGCAUGAAAAGCUUUUAUUACAAAAACACUUGGAAAAUUAUAUUUGAGCACUUUAAUACCCUAUAAUACAGUAUUUUGUUCUGAUUGUAUCAUGUAAAAUGAUUGUGUUUUGGAAUCAAGUGUACAAUAAGGCCAAUAACCAUAGAGCUAAUGUUGUAUUUCAUUGUUUUCAAAUACCUCUCAUGGAAGUAUAAAAUGUGUUUCAUUGUCUUUUAUUUAUCUUGUGCCGAAAUGUACUCAGUGGAGUCGACAUUGGUUUUCAUGCUUUAGAUGCAGUAUGUGGGCAAUGUUUUCUAAGACACAUCUCACCUUCUCAUCACACCAUAGUGAUGUAGGCACGUUGUAGAUAUCAGUGUUAACUUGGAAUAACAUAGGAAGAUGUUUUCUGGUUUCUAAUGUCCAUCAGUGAAUUGUGAAUAAGUCAAUAAAUCUAU